CGCUCUCGAAUGAUCGCUGCGCGUGAGAGGUGCGCGAGCGUCUCGUAGCCGCGGAGCCGUCAGUGUGCGCGCCGCGGAGAGCCAGACAGACAGACAUCUUGUAGUAGAAUUUAGCGGCGUGGUGUUUUCGACCGUGGGUGUCGGUGUCACGGUUUCGUGUCGCGGUGUUCGUCAUUACGGUGUCGUCGCCGUGUUCCCCGUCGUAUUCGCCGCCACCGUCGCCGUCGUCGUGGGUCGCGAUCGUUCUCCCUGUGUUCACGCCGCGAUCGUUGUCGUUCACCUCCACCUUGUCGGUGUAUAAAAGUCGUCGCUUCACGGCUACGGUAUCACCGGAGGUUCGUUAGUGCUGGUCGUGUGGUGGUACCGCGGUUGCGAGUCCCCGUCGUGCGGGCUGUGCAGCUCGCGUGGUCCAGCGAUCCAGUUACUCGCCCCGCAAAAGGCGUUGGUGGUACCUUUUGUCGGGCCAGAGGGAGACAGAGAAGCAAGGUAGCCAGCAAGAGCGAACGAGCGAGAGCGAGAAAGAGAGAGAGAGAGAUAGAGGGAGAAACGAGAGGAGAAGAGGAAUACUGGUGUGGUAAAUACACGGGGAGCGAGAGGGACACGGUAGAAUAAUUUCUCACUCCGCAAACGCCCAAUGAACAACGCUUCGGAGCCACCGAUGUGCCGCACCGUGCGAUAACUUCCGUCACCUCUCCGACCCCCGUCUCCUCCCUCCCCCACUCCGUGCGUGUGUAUGUGUGUGUGCCGCGCCGGGCUCUCGAGGUGAAAAUACCGCCCUCUCCUUCCACCCAACCCCCCGUUCGAGAGGAAGGUGCUACCUCGCGCGAGUAACCACGGUCAGAGAAAGAGGAAGAGAAAAAAAAAUAAACAGUGACAGAGAGUGAUACGGCAAGAGAAAAAGAGUGGGAUCCUGCGACCGAGGAAGAGGAAGCGAGAAGAGAAAUAGUCAAGAUCGUGCUGAAAAAGAGAGCGAGAGGCCGGCGCCCACCCGUCAACUAUCCUGAUACAGCAUGACCUCGAACAACUCGCAGAAGCUCUCCACGACGGAACGGGUGAUCAAAAAUGUACUCUUUCCGCCGUCGCACAAACUGACAGUGGCAGAGGUGUUCGAUCCUCAGACGAAUCGACCACGACCGGAAAUCCUGAAGCAACACUUUAUCCUCGAGGGCAGGAUCGACGAGGCGGCAGCCCUUCGUAUAGUGAACGAUGGAGCCGCUCUGCUGCGUUCCGAGAAGACUAUGAUCGACAUCGAGGCUCCAGUCACCGUAUGCGGCGAUAUCCACGGGCAGUUCUAUGACCUGAUGAAAUUAUUCGAGGUGGGCGGUCCACCCUCCUCCACAAAGUAUCUCUUUCUCGGCGAUUAUGUGGACAGGGGUUAUUUCAGUAUCGAGUGCGUAUUGUACCUGUGGGCACUUAAAUUGUGCCAUCCAAACACACUGUUUCUCCUCAGAGGGAACCACGAGUGCCGUCAUCUCACGGAAUAUUUCACAUUUAAGCAAGAAUGUAAAAUAAAAUACUCGGAGAGGGUGUACGACGCGUGUAUGGACGCGUUCGACUGUCUGCCGCUCGCGGCCCUCAUGAACCAACAGUUCCUCUGCGUGCACGGUGGAUUAUCGCCGGAAAUUCACAAUCUAGAAGACAUACGCAAAUUGGACAGGUUCAAAGAGCCGCCAGCGUUCGGGCCAAUGUGCGACCUCCUCUGGUCCGAUCCUCUCGAGGACUUCGGCAACGAGAAGAACGCCGAACAUUUCUCCCACAACAGCGUCAGGGGAUGUUCGUACUUUUACAGUUACGCGGCUUGCUGUGAUUUCCUGCAGAACAACAACCUCCUGAGCAUCAUAAGGGCACACGAGGCACAGGAUGCGGGUUAUCGUAUGUACCGGAAAUCUCAGACGACGGGCUUCCCAUCGUUAAUUACAAUUUUCAGCGCGCCCAACUACCUCGACGUUUACAACAACAAGGCAGCCGUGUUGAAGUACGAGAACAACGUUAUGAACAUCAGGCAGUUCAAUUGUUCACCGCACCCAUACUGGUUGCCCAAUUUCAUGGAUGUUUUCACGUGGUCCUUGCCGUUUGUAGGUGAAAAGGUGACGGAAAUGUUGGUGAACGUUCUGAACAUCUGCUCGGACGACGAGCUGAUGAGCGACGGAGACGACGGGCUCGAAGAAGUCGCAGCCAAAGUCGUUGUCCAAAAAAAGAACGGUGCAGCAGCCAAUCUACGCAAGGAGGUUAUCAGAAACAAAAUCAGAGCUAUUGGCAAGAUGGCGCGUGUCUUCUCCGUCUUGAGGGAGGAGAGCGAAAGCGUGCUGCAGCUGAAGGGGCUCACCCCCACUGGAGCUUUACCGCUUGGCGCGUUAUCUGGUGGCAAGACGUCCCUAAAAAACGCUCUCCAAGGAUUCUCGCCGAACCACAAAAUCACCUCGUUCGCCGAAGCAAAGGGUCUGGACGCCAUAAACGAAAGGAUGCCACCAAGAAAGGACGCUCCACCGACGCCGGUAAACGAGGAGAAACCCGUGAUAAAGCCGUCAACUCCUGCGGGAGACAAGCGAGACCACAACACACCGCAACCGCAAUCGUGAGCCUCACACUCGUCCAAUCAAGAUAAUCACUUCAACUGACCAAACACAACCUGACUUAAUUACAACGCACAUGGUGUUUAUAUGUUAGAAUACAAGCAACCCAUUUAAGUGUAUUACACACAUCAACCAAAAUCUUCAGUUUCAACCUCUUUCAACAUUCCACAUUCAACCAAACGAUGAACAACGAAGUACCUCAGGGUUGCCAGAUUCAACAUGGACAUUAAAUAUGCAUACUUUUACUUCCUCCCAAAUAAUACAUAAGUUGGGAAAGAAUUACACCUAGAGUUUAAAAUCGAACACUCUGGCGAACAAAUGUACAUGUUCCAUUUUAUGGCAACCUUGAUUAUUAUACAGUAGACUCCCGUAUAAUGCUGUUACUACACACUAUAUGACCUCACAUUAAAAAAAAUCUUGCAAGAAUUAUUUCACUUGAAUCUACAGUAUCAUACAUGUGAUGUAUAAACACAGUGAAACAAUAGCAGCAAUUAAGGGUAGAGAAAUGAGUUCAAGAAAAUUCAUCAAACUUGUUAACUAGAAAAUUUUAGAGUUGCCAGUCUAAAUACCUUCAGAGUACCUCAACAUAAAUACCUUUGAAUAGUAAGACUUAAUUCUCAAAUACAGAUAAUUCUUUUGAACUAUUAUUUGACUCGUUGAGAAUCACAUCAAGAUUCAGCACAUUGAAACCUUCUAAUUGAGCAGUUUGAUAAAUUCUUUUAAAGCUAUCUUUCUGAUAUUAAUUAUUACUAUUCUUACUUUCAUUAUGUUUACAUAUCACAUGUAUAACACCAUAGAUUCAAGUAAAAACUUAUACCAAAUUGUGUCAAACAAAGUGAUGAGUCACCUUCUAGUACAAAGUGGUAUACGGAUUCUACUGUAUCGAAUAUCAGCGAGUUGGUCAACAAAGUGUGAAAGGAAACGACGACGAACCCGUUUGUUGGACCUAUU